AUGAUCCAGCAGAUACAACAGGCCGUAGAUAUUGCAAACUCGUCGACGGCGGAUCAUGCUCUCAAGAAACAAGCGCUAGAUUUCCUAGAGGGGGCCAAGGCCGAUGCAGCGGCUCCGCAGGUGUUUUCGUCACUACUUCAAGAUGCCUCUAGCAGUGACGUUAGCAAGUUCGUGGCGCUUCAGGUACUUAGCGACCUGGCGUUGGACAGCAACGGAGAGCGUCUAGGGUAUCUGAAGAAUGCUUGCACGGAGCUUUUGCGUGCGAAGAGCGCGGACCAGAACAGCCAGGACCCCGAAUACGUGAGAAACAAGAUAGCAGAGAUGACUUCGCGUUUAUUCUACUGCAUGUACGGCGAGGUAAACGGCAAUAUGUGGCCAAACUUUUUCCAAGAUCUGCUUCAGAUCUUGAAUAUUGAGAGUCUGCAGACGGGUGCGUCACCCGAGUUCUCAUCUGUCGGCCUCGACCUUUUCCUAAAGAUUUGUUUAGCGAUUAACUCCGAAAUCGGCGACCAGACCUUUGUAAGGUCAAAAGAAAUCCAACUCAAGAAUAAUGAGUUGAAGGACGCCAUGAGGCUACGAGAUGUGCAACUUUUAUCCACACUGUGGUAUAAUUCGUUGAAGCUGUUUCAGCUGCAACAACACCCACCGCAGCUCGCAAACUUAACACUCUCUUGCAUCGGUUCGUACAUCUCUUGGAUAGAAAUCAGCUUGAUUGUGGGUCCAGAAUAUAUCAACGUCAUUUACGAGUUUUUGGACCAUCCCGCCUCUAAAAUUGCAUGUGCACAAUGCCUGUGUGAAAUAAUCUCCAAGAAAAUGAAGCCGGGUGACAAGCUGGCUCUACUGAGUAUGCUUGAUCUAACUAGUAAAGUGAUAAGUGUCGGAAAUGACGACCUUGAUGUCCAAGAACAAUUAGCAAAGCUCGCGUCCUCCGUCGGGUUUGAACUUUCGUUAAUACUGGAGCAAUGUAGCGAUAAUAACUCAGAGGCUGAGUCUCAAGAGGUUGCGUCCGCAGCUGAUAGGCAAAUUAUUCACCAGGUUGCGCCGCUGGUGCUGAAGUUUAUGGAACAUGAAUACGACUCGGUCACCCAGCAGUGUUUCCCUUUUAUCUCUCAGUACAUUCAGUUUCUGAAAAAGUUCUUUGCGCUUGGUGGCAAGCCGGGCAGCGCGGUCGCGCUGAACUCUAAAAGACUUUCUCUGGAUUCUGACCAUGAAAACUUCUUGAAUGCGCUGAUGUCAGUCUGCAUGAAGAAGAUGAUAAUAGAUGAAACCUGUGAUGAAGACUCCACGGACGAGAUAGACGAAUUUAACGAAACGAUAAGAUCCAAACUUAAAAUCUUUCAAGAUAGCUUGGCGAUCAUAAACCCUGGGAUUUACCUGCAAAAUAUUUCCAAAAGCAUUGAGAGCUCUAUUGCUUCCUCUGACUGGAGGGAGGUUGAGUUCGCUAUGUACCAAAUGCACAACUUUGCCGAAAGCAUCAGAAAUAACUUGUUUGGGGUCAACAAGAAGGACAUCUUUUCUUCUGAGCCUCACAAUCUUAUGUGCAGGUUUAUGGCCACACUCUUGGACAAUACUAAUAUAUUUCAAAUCCAGAACUCACUAAUACAGAUAUCAUUCUUUGAGCUGGUAGUCAGACACAAUUUGUUUCUGGGAGCAUCCAACAAAGAUAACGACACCUUGUUGAAUAUUUUCUGCAGUGAAUUCGGGAUGUUUAACAGCAAAGAGCGUGUCCGGCUUAGAACCUGGUAUCUCUUUACGAGGUUCAUCAAGUCGACAAAGGCAAAGCUAACGGCGGGGCCUCUUUCAAGCCUACUCUCCAAGGUCUCACAACUGUUGACAAUUAAAGCAGUGGCAACCUCACCACAAACUGCCGACAUCGAUGUGACUUUUGAUAAUCAACUAUAUUUAUUCGACGGCGUGGGGAUGUUGAUUGGAGCUAGUGCCGACUCAAGUUACGAGCUCUUGGACGGUAUCCUGGUUCCAUUGUUUUCUGAUCUGGAAACAUGUAUUUCUGCUCCUGUCAAGUCCCCAGAUGUUGUCUUGCAAACUCACCACAUACUGAUGGCUAUAGGAACCGUGGCGAGAGGUGUUCACUCUGGGCUAGUGCCUGAAAAUCAGGUAAAUAAUACCGAAGUGACUGGUAAGCUCUUUCCAAGAUCUGUCAUCGAGAAGUUUUCGAACGUUGCCGAGGUGAUUCUAGUCACAUUCUCGUACUUCAACAAGUUUGAAUCAAUACGUGAUGCGACCAGAUUCUCGUUUGCUCGUCUGAUUCCUAUUUUGAACGAAGAAAUUCUACCAUUUGCAAGCCGUCUCAUCGCCAUAUUUCUCAGCUCAGACCUAAAAAUUUUGGAGUUGAACGAUUUUUUGGGUUUCUUGGGCCAAAUUGUUCAUAUGUUCAACAAAAGUGAUGUUUGUUACCAGCUACUUAACAACCUACUCGCACCAGUAAUUGAGAAAGUCUUCAAGUCAUUAGUUCAGAGUGAGCAGGAAGCAGACCGUGUUCAAACAAGCGUUUCCAUUGCUUCCGCUGCGAAGGGCCCGAGCGAGAAAAACGUAGUGAUAACAGAUUCAUUCCGUGACAAAGUCGUUUUGAAAAAGGCAUACUACACCUUUCUGCAGUCCUUUGUGACCAACAACUCUAUGUCCUUGUUCCUAACAGAGUCAAACAGGACGGCACUGCCCCUGGUGUUAGAGGACCUGAUGACGUACACCCCGGACGAAAUCCAUGAAACGUCUUCUAUGAAGCUGUCAUUGAACGUGCUCGUGAAUUUUGUCAAAUUUAUAGGCACGGGCUCCUGCACUGAUCCACAAGACCCUAACGCUAACAACUUCACAAAGUUAGAAGGCUUGAGCGAGUUUUUUAUCGCAAAGGUUGUGCCCCUUGUGUUCGAGAUCCCCUUCAAGCCCGAGUUCGGUUUUAACAUUCGCGACGGGAGUUGCAGGGUUGUCGCAUGCGACCUUUCGAGACUGCUAAAGGCACUGUAUUCGAUCCACGCAGGUUCAGACAGGAAUGCCUGCUUGAUUUACCUAACCGAGAACUACUUCCCACAGGUCCAGUUUCCGGGCCAGCUGUCCUCGGAAUUUGUCCAGGCUCUCGCGAAUGCCGAUGAGAAGACAUUUGAAAAGUACUUUGUAAGUUUCAUCACCAACCUUGUGGGAUAG